AUGUCGGGCGACUUCAAGCUCUCGGCAACUCUGAAGGGGCACGAGGAAGACGUACGAUCCCUCGCUUUCCCCGAUGCUCGAACCCUCUUCUCCGUAUCGCGAGAUAGCACCAUUCGACAAUGGAGUCUGAUAUCAGCGACCCCUCUCACCUACGAUGACACCAUCGCACUCCAAGGCUCGCACUGGUUCAACGCACUCGACUAUGCGCCGCCGUCAAAAGAACAUCCCAGCGGCCUCGUUGCUGCGGGAGGAAGAGAGACGUUUGUGUUCGUGAAGCAGGUGGGAAGACCGCCAGAGGAAGAUUCAUAUCGCCUGCUCAUCGGCCACGCUGGAAACAUCACGUGUCUUGCAUUCAGCGAAGAUGGCAAUAAGAUCGUCAGUGGCGGCUGGGACAGCCAGGUGUUUGUGUGGGACGUGGAACAAGGCAGUGUUGUUGCCGAGCUCCAAGGCCAUCAAGGACCAGUCUGGGGCGUUAUGGUGUACGAUGCGAAGCUGAUCAUCACGGCUUGCGCGGACAAGAUGAUACGCAUAUUCGACAUCAACGGCAAGAGCUUGAAGACGAUACAAGGGCAUACAGAUGUUGUGCGCUGCUUCUGCAAGCUGCCUUCCGCUCAGUGGUCCGGGGCCGCUUUCGCCUCCGCUGGCAACGAUGAAGUCAUCCGAUUGUGGACGCUUGAUGGAACUCCGGUCGGCGAGCUGGAGGGGCAUACCGCGUACAUCUACAGCCUCGCAACUCUACCAAACGGCGACAUCGUCAGCUCCUCCGAAGAUCGGACGGUACGAGUGUGGCGGAACGGAGCUUGCGUACAGACAAUCGUACACCCGGCCGUCAGCAUCUGGACCGUAACGGCUUGCCGGGAGACUGGCGAUAUCGCAACUGGCGCAAGCGAUAAGGUCAUCAGAAUCUUCUCCCGAGAUCCCAGUCGUCAGGCAGAUGCGGGGACUAUCGCUGCAUUCGAUGAGACCAAUCGUAUGUACGCCAUACCUGCCGAAACAGCAAGUCAAGGGGAGCCCUUCCAGAAAGAGAAUCUCCCUGGACCAGAAGCCUUACAGUCGCAAGUCGGCCACAAGGACGGCCAGCAGUUGUUUAUUCGAGAGAACGACGGCAGCGUCACUGCACAUUUGUGGUCGAUGUCCAGCAGUCGCUGGGAUCUGAUUGGCACCGUCGUGUCAGGACAAGGCAGUGGCUCGGGGAAGAAGACAUACGACGGCAAAGAAUACGACUUUGUCUUCGACAUCGAUAUUGAAGAAGGCAAGCCACCGUUGAAGCUCCCAUACAAUUUGACCGAAAACCCCUGGGAUGCUGCUCGAAAAUUUCUGGAAACCAACAAGCUCGAAAUGUCGUACUACGAACAAGUAGCGAACUGGAUCACUGAGAACACGCGAGGGGCAAGACUCGGGCAGAGCACUGGUGGCGCAAAUGGAGAUCCGCCAGCACAGGCGAGAGAUCCGCUCGGCACUGAGCGCAGGUACAGACCUGGGACAGCAGAUUCCUCAUCGCCCGCGGGCUUUCGCAAACUACCCCAUCGGCGAUAUCUAGAGAUCCUCGAAGGCAACGCUCAAAAUGCCAUUACCAGGAUCAAAGAUGCUUCCAAAGAGCUGCGCGACAGUGGCAAGAUCAGCAAAGAGUCGGAGCCCACAACGGAGGAGCUGGAACUCUUGCAGAAGCUCGUCGACCAGAUGCACAACUCCCCGCGCGAUCCACAUCCCGUGAAGGAGCAAAUUACGGCUUUAUUGAAAGUCUGCUCGGGCUGGCCAACACUGUCGCGAGUACCGGGUGUCGCGGUCCUGGCGCGCCUGGCUGUGUCGCCUUCGUUCAUACAAGAAACGAGCGGAGGAACGGACAACAUCGUCAACACUUGCGCGGGGAUUGGUUUGUUUCUACCACAGCAACCUACGGCGAACAACGCAGUGCACGCCAUCCGUCUUCUCGUCAAUCUCUUCGCUUCCGACGCUGGGCUCCUCAUCGUGGACGGUAGCUUCGACACUAUACUCAACGUCGUCCGUCCAUUCGGAGAGAAUCCCGAAUCGCCAGCACAGUUCAAAGCGCUGGCAACACUUUACCUCAAUUUCGCCGUGCUCCUGACCUCCGGUGCUCCACCCACUGAGCCUGCUGGCCGGGUAUUCCGUGCUGAUGUAUUGUUGACGGACAUCGCCCUUCUUCUUGAAUCUGAGAGCGCAUCGAGUGGCGAUAGCGACGCACUGUUCAAGGCUCUGUGUGCCCUUGGCACGCUUUUGACCCUCGGCAACGACUUCAGGGCGAAUGUGAAGGCUGGCGUCAGCGGGACUUUGCAUUAUGUCGCGACCAAGCAGGCGGCGCAGCUGGCCAAUAUCAAGGAAGUGAUCCAGGAGAUCAGAGAUGAGCUACAGUAG